AUGUCCUGCCAAGUUAAACCAACAAAAUUAGGAUGCAGAAUUCGCAUGCCAAGAAUUGGUUUUGGUACUUGGCAAAUGUACGAUGCAAAUGCAACUGAAUUGGCUCUUGAAAAUGCAUUAGAAAUUGGAUAUAGACAUUUAGAUACAGCUUUCAUAUAUAGAAACGAGAUAUCAAUUGGUAAAGUUCUAAAAAAAUGGCUGGCUAAAGGAAACAGAAGAGAAGAAUUAUUUAUCACAUCAAAAUUGCCACCUUAUGGAUUACGACGAUGUGAAGUAAAUAUAUAUCUAAACAAGAGCUUAGAAAUGCUGCAAACCGACUACUUGGACUUGUACCUAAUUCAUCAUCCAUUUGGAUUUUUUCCUCCAAGAACUAUGAAAAUGGAUCCCAAUAGAAAAGGAAAUUUGGAAUGGUCAAAAGAAGGAAAUGAAAAAAUAAGAUGGGACUAUUGUACAAAUCAUGUAGAAGUCUGGAAGGGUAUGGAACAGGCUGUCCGAGAAAAACGUGUAAAACACAUAGGAUUAUCCAAUUUCAAUAUUAAACAAAUGGAGAAAUUAUUUACAAAUUGUAAAAUUAGACCUAGCUGCUUGCAAGUUGAAAUGCAUGCAUUUUUACAAGAAAAGUUGUUAUCGUGUUAUUGCCGAUGUAAUGAUAUGGAAUUGGUAGCUUAUAGUCCAUUUGGAAGUAAUGGAAAUGCUGUGUCUAAACAACAUAAAUCUGCCCUUAAACAUCCCUUAAUCGUAAAGUGUGCCAAGGAAUUGAGUUGUACUCCUGCCCAGCUGAUUUUAGCGUACUUAAUUCAUUUGGGAGCAAUUCCAAUACCGAUGGCCAAAUCUAGAAAUUUUAUGAAAGAAAAUUUUGCGGCUCAGUUUAUUGAAUUAACUCCGAAACAUAUGAGAGAACUUGGAUGUUUACAUUUAGGAGAAGAAGGACGUAUAUUUCACUUCAGAGAAUGGGAAGGAGUUUUAAAUCAUCCUGAAUAUCCAUGGAAAAUACCAGAAUGCUUUCGCAAAAAAUUACAUGCAAAGAUCAAAAAGGCAAAAAGAUGUAAUACGUGUAAAAAAUAA